AUGGACGCUAGCUACAACCUAUCACCCGAAGACAUCAGCGACGAAUCCUGGCAAGAAUUUGUUGAUUGGGAUGCCGCAAAUCCAGUUGACAUGGGCACAGACCAAUACAAAUAUGGGGACGGGCACGCAUACCCCAACACAACCUGCGCUACUUGCUCAUCAGAACUUGAUAUAUCGGAACUUGCACUUUUUACAGAAAACCGAAAUGUCUAUUGUAGUAAAGGCAAGGCUGAUAAUCAUCCUCCACUAUCCUGUGUGCUAGGUUGUGGGUUGAACUUUCAUACCUUCAAAGAUCUCAAGGAGCAUUGCAUGAUCGCUGAUCAUGAAGCCCUCCAUUGUCCCAUCCCAGGCUGCUCCAGUGCAUGGAGUGGUUAUAAUCAAGGUAAAGCUCAUUUGGAGAGAUGCCAUGGAAUAAGCCAAUUCGCAUGCUACCAGUGUGGAGACUUAUUCUGCAAUACGACGCAGCUCGACAAUCAUGCCUCUGUUAGCGGACAUUCUGCAUAUAUUUGUCGAUAUCCUGAUUGCGAGUCAACAGCUGGGAGACUUAGUGACUUGAUUCGGCACCAGGCAUGUCACAAGGCAGAUGUUCCCCGUCAUCCAUGUCCCCAUUGCCGCACAUAUCGAGGUAGGAACGGGUUCAAGAGAAAGGACCACCUUAGACAGCACAUCAGAAAUUACCACAAGAUUGAGAUCAAUCACACUGGCAACAUAUAUGAGUCUCCAUUUCUCUGCACAUAUGCCAAUUGUCAAGACUAUGAUGCGAUGUAUAGACAAGAUCUUAGAUCUCUCGACGAUCUCACCCAGCACAUGCUGACCGAGCACAACUCCUCUGCAUUUUUCUGCAAUAAAGUGUCCUGCGAUAGAGUAGGACCUAACGGUUUCGACACGAAAAAGCUUCUUCAAGAUCAUAUCAAGAAAGAACACCCUUCACCAUUUCAGUGCACUCAUCCGGGGUGUGAUCGGGUCGGUUCUAAAGGCUGGCUUCGAGAAAGAGACCAGAAGAAGCAUAUGUUGCAAAAGCAUGGAAUCAGCCAUUAA